AUGGUCAGAAACUCUUUUUCUCUCGAGGAAUCUGAUAAAAAAUGGGAGAAAACACAAAAAGGUAAUACUAAUAAACAAACAAAUAUUACGCCUAAUCUUAAAACGUCGGAUAGACGUAACUCUCUACCCAAUGUCGAUAAAGAUGGCUUCCAGUAUCCAAAAAAUCCUGUCAAGAUCAACUCCGGUAUCACUCCACAGAUGGCGCCAACUGAUACUGCAAACCAAUAUCAAGUUCUUAAUACUGUUGAAUGCACCAUAAAUAGCGGAAAAGAAACCGACACUAUGGAAACGGAUUAUGGAAUUAAUGAAACCAACGAACAAUUAAAGUCAACACAAGAUACUACUGAUAACGCAUCCCAGAACACAGAAACAACCAAUGCUAAAACAUACAGACCAUCUCCUAUCUUCGUACAAGGUGAAAAAGCAAUCGACACAAUUCAAGCAUUGAGAACCGCUAACAUUAAUCAAGAAACUUUCUCAAUAACAAUGUCUAAAGGCCAACACCAACUCCUGGCCAAAAAUCAGCUAAGCUUUGAAAAAAUUAAAGAGGUUCUCAUAGCUAACAAUUUUAAUUUCUACUCUUUCACUCCAAAAAGUGAAAAACUUAAAUCCUUACUCCUCAAAGGUAUGAGCCCAGACGUAACUACAGAUAUGGUUUUUAAAGAUCUAACAGAGAAAAACAUCCCCUCUGUAGUAUUUAAAAAAGUCUCAGAAUUAAAGUUUAUGCGUGACGAUGAACCCAGAAGACAUCUGAUCGUACAGGUAACACAAACUAGCAGUCUGAAAGAAUUGUUUAAAACUCGACAAGUGCUCAAUCUAAAAGCUAGAUGGGAGCGACUACGAAGAAACAGAGCACUCCAAUGCAGAAAAUGGCAAAGACUUGGACACACGGCAGCGAAUUGUCAGAUGGAGUACAGAUGUGUCAGGUGCGGUGAUUCUUCACACGCUCCGGCUCAAUGCCCGCUCAAGGAUGAAAAGACUAGAGACAAGUCCAAGUGCGCAAACUGUGGUAAAAAUGGACACCCAGCAAGCUACGCAGGCUGUCGAUUCAUGAAAUUUGAAAAAAUUAGCAGAAAUCAAGCACGAGCACAAAAAAACAAAUCACUUGAAAGAAAUAUCGAGGCGAUAUAUCGGGAAGUGACUCCACAAAUUUCUUUUGCUAAUGCCAUGAGUUCUUCAAGGGACUCUUUCCCUCCGCUAAAGCAUAGAAACCAGACCAACUUUCAAGCGUUCCAGGGAGGACCUCCACCGCCACCUGUAACCGAGAAUACGAGCCCAAAUAAACUGGAGCUGAUACAGAAAACUAAGCACACGAUCAAUCUUAUUAAAUCAGAACUCAGGAAAGAAUUUAAUAAAUCAGUCGAGGAUUAUUGGAAAGGUCAGCUCAAACAAAUUAAUCAUAAAGAUCCAACGUCAUUCUUCCCAAAAAUCAAUCGUUUUCUCCGAAAAAAGAACCGUAUCUCAAUAGCCGAUCAGCGAAUUAAAAUCAACGAUCCUGUUUGUCAAAGCGGUGCAAUAGACGUCAUUAAAGCAAUCAAGAUUGAAGAUGAGCUCCUGAUCACUGAACCAAUAGACAAGUUAAAUGGAACAGUCAACUCACCACUUCUGUUCAACAUUUUCACAAUGGCCCUGCUACAACUAUUUAAUCUUAACAUAAAGGAAAACCUAUUCGCUGUUGCCUACGCUGACGAUAUUAUAGUCGGAGUUGCUGGCAAAAAUCCUACUAAACUGCAAAAUGAACUUAAAAAACUAGUAAAUAAUAUCAAUGAUUAUUACAAAAUCUGGAACCUCAGAAUGAACCCUGAGAAAUGCGAGACUGCUUUUGCCGUUCGCCGAUUUUUGAAAUCUAGUGCCGAACACUAA